GCAGAUAAAAUGGCUUUGUGCCUCUCCAGUGAGGCUGCUGGAAGUUCAAUAUCCCUCAGAUCCUCAUGAGGGAGAGGAAGGAUUUGCUUUGUAGCUGUUUCUAUUUUUGUUUUAAUUAAUUAAAUUUAUCCUUGUAAUACUUAAGAAUGCACUCAUGCUCCGAGGGAGCCUGCAUCUGGGUCUAAGGGAUGCUAUCAGAUGGAGAAUCUGCCUGCAGUUCUGUCAGAAAGGUACUUAGGUUGCUCUCAAAGUAAUGCGUUCUAUUAAUUUCCAUGGAAACUACAACAGAUGCAAAAAGCACAAUACCAAUGUUUGGUAGAGCAUGUUCUCAGCUACAAAGCACAAUUUUUCAACGGAGUCACCACCAUUAGCAAAUUCAUAUGCACAAACUGAUUGAGGCAUUCUUCAUUUUGUGGUGUCACAGCUGUGCAUGGCCAUCUUUUGUGUUACUGUCACCACUGCUGAAACGCACUAUCCACUGCCUCGCUGUGCUCAUAUCCACUGUUUGGUCUCCAUCAGCGUUCAGCAAAUGUUGAUGAAUGCCUUUUUCUCCACAUGGAGGAGUUCAGUGACACACCUUUGCUUCAUAUGUGCCUCUGUGUCAGGUGCCAUUCUGUCAGACUGCCCCUCUGCUACCAUCUGUCACACAGCAACAAACUCUAAUGAAAUAUUGGUGGGAAGAUUCGACGUCUACUGCUGUGCCGCCAACAUCUGCCUCUGACAUCAUGAGCCAAAGUAAUAACAUGGGAGGCAUUACUUUUGGAGCAGCCCUCAUAGCAUGGCUGCAGCAGAAGAGUUUCUGCUCCUUACUGUUUACCUUCACUGAAGGAAUGGCUUUGCUAGCUUUGUAGUUGAAGAUCCCCAGGUCUCUUCAUGAAGCAAGCCGUAGGAGAGGCAGCUGAGAACAGAAUCCAAGUGAAUGUGCUUGCCUAGGGCUCGAGUUAGGAUAACUUAGAAGAGAAAUUGAGGCUGGCUUGUUGUUUUCUUAUGGCUAACUGCUAUGUUCAUGUAUCUCACGGUCAAAACUCAGUUAAAACUUCUAAAACCAAUGGCUUCUGUCAGCUGGAUGUUGCAGUCUUGUGCUUUGUAAACUUGUGCCCGAGUGACUAAUGUACAGCACUUGUUUUAAAAGAUUGGGAAUGUAGUAAGGAGAAAAUUAAACAAAAGCAAAGUACAGUGCUUGACAGUUAUGCCUGUGUAAUUAAGCUGGUGAUUUAUUUUGGUUUGUGAACUCAGUUUACCUCUUACUCUUUAAGAUAGUUUUGUAAAUAAGACCUUCAGUUUAACAAACCCUUUACUGCACAGCUGUAGAGAAAAACCAUGCGUGCACUGAAGGAUGCCUUUCUUAAGCAGUUGAUAUUGCGAUGGUGGGAGAUUGUUCUCAUGCUGUGGACUGAUAUGAGGUGAGAUGGGAGAAAAAUCUGCUUUAUUUGUGUGUUUAAAAUCCAUUUCUGCUUUUGAAUUCCACAUUGGCUAAAGCUUUCUGCUGUUAUGUGCUCUUUUUGGCUGGGCCUAGCGAGAGAACUAAUGCUUUUGAUACCACUGGUGGUAGUGAGAAACUUGAAAGAGGAGUUCAUGCUGGGUGUUAUCAGCAUUUAACUUCAGUGGAAAAUAUGAGCCAAUUGAGGUAAUUUUCCAUAGGGGAAUGUUGUGCAGAGCAGUUGUUUCCUCUUUGCCGUCUAUUCCCAAAUUCAAUGAUACCUACAUCCACUGAAUGCAUCUCGCUUAGAGAUGAUAGAUGCUACGUGGUUAUUCCUGCUUUUCAGUGUAGAUCAUGGCAAGGAGAUUAAAAAAAAAAAAAUAAGUAUUAAGUUGUAUUAGUCAAAUACAUUUUACAUUUUAGAUAGUCCCAUGAUUGCUAGAACUCUCAGAAUUCUUUCCACCAGAUAGUUCUUGAGGAAAUGACUGCCAAAAGACACCUGGAGUAAUGUUAAUAAAAUAAGCUUUUUGCUUGCUUCUCAUAGCUUUUCUUUUCCAAACUCAUAGUCCUGCUUCAGUUUCUUCUGUUUUGCUGAGUAGCUUCUACUUGAAGUACGGAAGGAGUAAAGUUCAGGUUUGGUACUCCAUUUACUAUGGAAUUGGUCCAUUUAAGGCUUCCUAGUGAUGUUGGUACACCAUGUUGUGGGGGAUGGUUCCUUCUUUACAGCUUGAAAGAACAUGGAGAGAAGUACUUCCUUAAGAGUAUUUUAAGAUACAGAGAUACUGUUUUACUCUUUUUAUUUUCUUGAGAAUGUGCCAUAAAAGAAGCCACAAGUUUCUGAAGUAACAGCCACUUCAAAUCACCUUCAUGAACAGGUGCCUUCUUACAUCCUUUCAUAUGUGGUUUCGGGAGUCGAAUGCGAGUGGCUGUUGUGUAUCAUUUCUUCAGCUGAGCGCUUUAAUCAUUUCCUGUUCUGAUAAGCGGUCAUUUACCUCGACUUUCCCCCAGGAAAGAUCUUUCUAUGGCUUCUGAGUCAAUAGCAGUGAAAUGUACCAUCCCAAUUCUAAAAAUCACUUCAGUGUGUGCGUGGCCUUGUUUGUGUAAGCCUGUGGCUCUCUGGGGGCUCUGCCGCUCAGCUUGGAGAUUGCAGUGUGUUGGUGCUGGAGCACCCCAAGUAUGUUCUUGUUUAACUGUCGGAUGGAGGAAGAGAGAGAGGGGCGGAUGUGGAGAACCAGGGACAAUAAAUGCUAUGAUGGUGAAACUUGCUAUAAAAACCCAAACUACUCAUUGCUACCUCACUUGCUCCCCCACCAGAAAGUUGAUACUGUUGAAAUGACACCUCCGGAGCCACACCUCUUUGACGGUCAUUUACAUGCAUUAUAAACUGACUAUCUAUUUUUAUAAUCAAGGUUAGGCAUGUUAACAUUGAUAUAUACACCACUGGUGUAUGAGGAGGACAUGACCAUCUUAUUCAAGAUUUAAUUGCAACGCCAACACAGUUUCUGACUGAUACCGUUUGUAGUUGGAACUGGAGAGGAGGAAGAGUGGAGUGGGAAGGCAUUGGAGGUUAAUUCCUGGGUGUUUCUGUCCCAUUUCCUCCAAGUCACCGGCUCACAGCUAAGGAAGUGUUUGAUAAUGAUGGCAAGCCACGUGUGGAUAUCUUAAAGGCACACCUUAUGAAAGAAGGGAGACUGGAAGAAAGCGUUGCAUUGCGAAUAAUAACAGAGGGAGCUUCAAUUCUUCGUCAAGAAAAAAAUUUGCUGGACAUAGAUGCACCAGUCACAGUUUGUGGAGACAUCCAUGGCCAAUUCUUCGACUUGAUGAAACUGUUUGAAGUGGGAGGUUCUCCUGCCAACACACGGUAUCUCUUCCUGGGGGACUAUGUGGACAGAGGGUACUUCAGCAUUGAAUGUGUGCUGUACUUGUGGGCCUUGAAAAUUCUCUACCCCAAAACACUGUUUUUACUUCGUGGGAAUCAUGAAUGUAGACAUUUAACAGAGUAUUUCACAUUUAAGCAAGAAUGUAAAAUCAAAUAUUCAGAACGAGUAUAUGAUGCCUGCAUGGAUGCCUUUGACUGCCUUCCCUUGGCUGCUCUGAUGAACCAACAGUUCCUGUGUGUACAUGGUGGCUUGUCUCCAGAGAUCAACACCCUGGAUGACAUCAGAAAAUUAGAUCGAUUCAAGGAACCACCUGCAUACGGACCUAUGUGUGACAUCCUUUGGUCAGAUCCAUUAGAGGACUUUGGAAAUGAGAAGACUCAGGAACACUUCACUCACAACACAGUCAGGGGAUGCUCGUACUUCUACAGUUACCCUGCUGUGUGCGAAUUCCUACAGCACAAUAACUUGUUAUCUAUACUCCGAGCUCAUGAAGCUCAGGAUGCUGGGUACCGCAUGUACAGGAAAAGCCAAACCACAGGCUUCCCUUCACUAAUCACAAUUUUUUCAGCACCAAACUAUCUAGAUGUAUACAAUAACAAAGCUGCAGUAUUGAAAUAUGAGAACAACGUUAUGAAUAUCAGGCAGUUCAACUGCUCCCCUCAUCCUUACUGGCUUCCAAAUUUCAUGGAUGUGUUUACCUGGUCCUUGCCGUUUGUGGGUGAGAAAGUGACAGAGAUGCUGGUGAAUGUGCUGAACAUCUGCUCGGAUGAUGAAUUAGGGACAGAAGAAGAUGGUUUUGAUGAAGAUCCCAUUUAUGCACAGAAGAAAGGAGCAACAGCUGCUGCUCGAAAGGAGGUUAUAAGGAACAAGAUAAGAGCGAUAGGAAAAAUGGCUAGAGUUUUCUCAGUGCUAAGAGAGGAGAGUGAAAGUGUGCUGACGCUGAAAGGGCUGACUCCCACAGGAAUGCUGCCCAGUGGUGUGCUUUCUGGAGGAAAACAAACACUGCAAAGCGCUACUGUUGAGGCUAUUGAGGCUGAUGAAGCUAUCAAAGGAUUUUCACCCCAGCAUAAGAUCACUAGCUUCGAAGAGGCCAAAGGCUUAGAUCGAAUUAAUGAGCGAAUGCCUCCGCGCAGAGAUGUGCCAUCUGAUGCCAACCUUAACUCCAUCAACAAGGCAAUCUCCACAGAGACUAAUGGCACUGACAGCAACGGCAGUAAUAGCAGCAAUAUUCAGUGACCGCUGCCCGGGCGGGGGGUGAGCUGCAGGGCGCGAUGGGGUUGCUGCGCAUCGGCAGUUGGAUGUUCUUGCCUCUGAUAAUAGCUUACUCGCUCUGGGGGCCAGGUGUUGGAUUUGGUUUACAAAAUCAUCUCUGAAGAGAUCGUAAACUUUAAUUUGGUGGGAGGGGGGUGGGGGAUAGACACCUCCUUUGGACAUGCCUUUAAAAUGCUUGUAGAAAAAUGAAAGCUAAUGCUGGUAUAUAUUGCGAAGUUAGGGGAAUGAACAUGUUUUCCUACUGCACUGGGAACUUCUAGAUAUGUUACUGAAAGGCCUUUUGUUAUGUUACUGGACAUGAAAACUUUGUUUAAUUUCUUACUAACUAUUGUACGUUUACAGUUGCAGCACUAAACAUGGACGACAUCAAAGCAUUUUUAACAAAAUGUACAAACUAAAUAAGGACUAUUUAUUGAUAAUGUUUUGCUACUCUUGUCAGACAAUGGCUAUGAAAUAAAUUAGGCAGUCUUUAAAAAUAUAGAAAAAAAAAGAAAAAAAAAAGAAUGUUGGAAAUUUGUUUAAAAUGCCAAAAAAAAGAAAAAAAAGAGAGAGAGAGAGAGAAAGAGAGAGUGAGAGAGAGAGAGACGGAUUAAUUUUGUACAGAUUAUGCUUACCUCAGGUUUCUUUAGUGUGCUUCAAUGCCCUUCUUUAAAUAUAACACUUAUCUUACUAAUUUGGCAGCAAUUAUCCUUUUCUUUGUUUAAAAAAAAAAAACUGGAAUUAUGAUAACAUUGAUCUUUUUUUGCUGUUUAUAAUUAGGAGGGUUUGGUUUGGGGGGUUUUCUGGGUUUUGUUUCGGAUUUAUUUUUUGGUAAAUCAAGUCUUGGUUGUGGCUUGCUGAAUUUAAAUAUUUAUGAGUGGUGCAUUUUUAAGUAUAGUGAACAAGACACCAUAUUAAGUGCAGUGAAAAGCAUCUAUAUUCUGUAAAAAUCUGCCUAUGCAUGUUUUUUAAGAAAAAAAAAUGGCUGUAUAGGCCUGUAUGGGACUGUAAUGCGCUUAGUGGUCUGACUUAUACUGGAAAUGUAUGUAUACUGGCGUACUUUAUAUUCUCUGAAAAAAAAUGCUUAAUGCCUUUGAAAUUUUGUAAUCGAAAAAAAGCUUUGAAAAAUCUAAGGGGAAGAGUAUUCUUAAAGUUUUUAACAUGAGCUUGUCAGUGCACAUAUAGAUGGGUAGCAUGUUUAGCAAACCUUGUGAAAUUUAAAUAAGUUUGUAGUUACAUGUGAAAUUCUAAAUGCAUGAUAACUGUUAAUGUCAUAAUGGUUUAGUCAUUUUGUUAUGUUCUGUCAUGUGCCACAAAAUGUGUAAUUUUUUCACUUUUUUCCCUUUGUAUAUCAGUUACGGGUUUCGACUGGUUCAUUCUAAAAAAGAAAAACUAAACAAAACGGUCCAUUGAUAUUUUUUAACAAUUGUAUAAGUGCCCAAGUAAUUCACUACAGCCUACAGCCUUGCCUUUGUAAUUUGACUUCGAAAUGUUGGCAAUCAAAAGCAUGCACUUGUAACAAUGAGAGAAGCAUUUUAUAUUACUACUCAAUAAAAAUGUGCAUGAACUUAA